AUGAUGGAAGACGGCUCAGUCGGGGAUGUGAGUAGGCUCAGUGAAGCUGAAGCUGCUCACCUCCAAUUCAAAAACGGUCAGCAGCCUCUCAAACCGGAGAAUUGCGAGAUUCAAGAAAUCAAAGAAGUGGAGGUUCAGAGGGAAGCCGGUUCUCCUGAUAGCUCGUUUGGUGUCAUAGCAGAGUUUCUAGACGGUAAGAAUGUGAAUGAAACAGAAAAUGCACCAAGGCAGAGUACAAACGAUGUUGGCGACGACGUGGUUGAGGAGUUGACUGUUAAAACCUGUGAGGGGUCGAGCAUGGCUAUAGUUGGUAGAGCAAGUAAUAGAGCUAGAUUAGAUAUUAAUCGCAGUCAGUUUCGCAAUUCACCUGGUAGCAGUUCUAUGAGUAGGGGAAGUGAGAGAGAUACGCUAAGUCUCUGGAGAAAAGCGAAAAUGUCUUUGCCUGAGGCUUCAGCUGGUGAUCAUAUGGCCAUUGCGGCUAUUGAUGAAGCUAAAGAACAUUUGAAAAACGUUGAGCGAAGUCCUUUACCAGUGGAGGCAUUGUCCCAUGAAGGUAUUAAGACGAAGAUGUUGUCGCAGUCUGGAUUCUCUCAGUUUUUUGUUAAGAAGACAUUGAAAGGAAAAGGAGUCACAUUCAGAGCUCCGCCAGAUAAUAGAACUAAAGCUAGCAAUAUGGAUCAGCAAACUGUAACUAGUUCUGGUAGCCCUUUAGUAGUAUCUAAUACUUCACCAAAGGUUUCCAGUAGCAUCCCUUUGCCGUGCUUGCCUUCCAAAGCCAGUCAACCAUCUUCUUGUGCUAACCCUUCGGAUAUACAUAGAGGUUGUGAAGGUGAAGGUUUGAGUCUAAGAGAAUGGUUGAAGUCAGAGCGUCAGGAAGUUAAUAAAGCAGAAUCUUUGCAUGUCUUUAGGCAGAUCGUGUAUCAGGUGGAUGAAUUUCAUUCUCGUGGAGUUGUUUUAUGUGACAUACGGCCAUCUUCUUUCAAAAUUUUGAAGGACAGUACGGUCAAGUAUGUUGGUUCAGGUUCUCAGCGAGAGUCUUUUGACAGGAACGUGAACAAAGAUACUUUGAGUCAACUCGAGAAUCCUCUGGUUAGAAAGCGGUCAGGAGAUAAAGGAGUUUCUUCUAGUUACUUUAUUCCUACGAAGAAGCAGAAAUCAAGUGGACCAAGCUCUAGACAGUGGCCUAUGUUUGGACGAGCUGGUGGCGUCAGUAUACAAAAUGAAAACGAUGAUGGAGCAAUGCAGGAGUUUCGUUUGAGAUCUAGUCAACCUCAUUGUAGUACCGCUGCUCGUCCUUUUACUUCGAUGAGUGAUCAGUUGGAAGAGAAAUGGUAUUCGAGUCCUGAGGAGCUCAGGGGCGAUGCUCGUUCAGUCCCUUCAAACAUCUAUAAUUUGGGUAUUCUUCUUUUUGAGCUGCUUAAUCAAUUUCAGUCUGAAAGAGCUCGUGAGACUGCAAUGUCUGAUAUCCGUCACCGGAUUCUUCCUCCCAGAUUUUUGUCCGAGAAUACUACGGAAGCUGGGUUCUGUCACUGGUUACUUCAUCCAGAACCUUCAUGCCGACCAUCAACCAGGGACAUAUUGCAAUCUGAAGUGGUAAACGGAGCUCCAGAUUUGCAUGCUGAAGGCAUAUCUUUAUCAAUUGAACAAGAGGACACAGAGUCUGAACUGUUGCAGCAUUUCCUCGUUUUGUCCCAAGAGCAAAGGCAGAAGCAAGCUGGAGCGUUGAUGACAGAAAUUGGGUCCUUAGAAGCAGAUAUCGAAGAGAUUGUCAGAAGACGUUGUGCCAUAAGGCCUCUGACUCUGGAAGAAGCUUCUACCUCGUCGCCUGCUUCAAGUGUACCUGAAAUGAGACUGAGCAGGAACAUUAAACAGCUCGAAAGUGCUUACUUCGCAUCAAGGAUAGAUGCACAUCUCCCUGAAGCACGCUAUAGGUUACGCCCGGAUAGAGACCUGCUAAGAAAUCGUGAUAAUGUUAUAUCAGAACUAGAAAAUAGUGAGACUUGGAGCUCAGAUGAUCGUGUUGGAGUGUUCUUUGAUGGGUUAUGCAAAUAUUCUCGAUAUAGCAAGUUUGAAACUCGGGGUGUGCUGAGGACUGGGGAGUUGAACAACACUUCAAAUGUGAUCUGUUCUCUGGGUUUUGAUCGAGACGAGGAUUAUUUUGCUACAGCUGGUGUGUCAAAGAAAAUUAAGAUAUUUGAGUUCAAUUCCCUAUUCAAUGAAUCUGUCGACAUUCAUUAUCCAGCCGUGGAAAUGCCAAAUAGAUCAAAGCUUAGCAGCGUUUGCUGGAACAACUAUAUUAGGAACUACCUAGCGUCCUCUGAUUAUGAUGGUAUUGUCAAGUUAUGGGAUGUGACAACAGGACAGGCCAUUUCACAUUUCAUAGAGCACGAGAAGAGGGCUUGGUCUGUUGACUUCUCUGAAGCUUGUCCGACAAAAUUAGCCAGUGGAAGCGAUGAUUGUUCUGUGAAGUUAUGGAACAUCAACGAGAGGAACUGCUUAGGAACAAUCAGGAACAUUGCAAACGUUUGCUGUGUGCAAUUUUCUCCGCAGUCUUCUCAUUUGCUAGCCUUUGGAUCAUCAGAUUUCAGAACCUACUGCUAUGAUCUACGGAAUUUAAGAACUCCUUGGUGCAUACUGGCAGGACACAGCAAAGCAGUUAGCUACGCCAAGUUCUUGGAUAAUGAUACCCUUGUCACUGCAUCAACUGAUAACACGUUAAAGCUUUGGGAUCUUAAGAAAACCACUCACGGUGGCCUCUCCGUAAAUGCUUGCAGCUUAACUUUUGGUGGCCAUACAAACGAGAAGAACUUUGUUGGUUUGUCUACUGCCGAUGAUGGAUAUAUAGCUUGUGGCUCUGAGACAAAUGAGGUUUAUGCAUAUCACCGGUCUCUUCCUAUGCCCAUUACCUCGUACAAGUUUGGAUCAAUUGAUCCUAUCUCAGGCAAGGAGAUUGAGGAAGACAACAACCUAUUUGUUUCAAGUGUUUGCUGGAGAAAAAGAUCGAAUAUGGUUGUUUCAGCUAGCUCAAAUGGGUCUAUCAAAGUUCUAGAGUUGGUCUGA